GGUUUAGCCGACCGGAAGCGGAAGUUGUGUAUUCUUAUUAUGGUCUGAAGUUACCGGUGUGUUCUUGGUAAAAUGGGACGAGCAGAGAGAAAAGCGGAAGCGAGGGAAGAAAUGUUGCGGCGUGAGAGUUACCGGGAUCGGAGGAGACAAUUAACCCGUAUACUGCAGAAACCGGCAGAUGAGCGCAGCCUGGCAGAGAGAAACUUGCUAGUGAAUUGUGAGGAUUUAGUUCUGGAGUUGCAGAGACAAAGGCAAAGGAGGGAGAGGCUUAGGACACGGGAGCAAGAGAUAUUUGAUGAACCACAGUUACUAAGAGAUAAAGUUCUGGAAUUGGCAGCAGCUGUGCGAGAAGCUGAAAAUCUUGUGCUCUACACUGGAGCUGGAAUUAGCACGGCUGCAGCUAUCCCAGAUUACAGGGGUCCAAAUGGUGUGUGGACUUUGCUGAACAAAGGGAGGAUUGUGAGCGCAGGGGACCUCAGUAAUGCACAGCCAACCUUCACGCAUAUGUGCAUUGCUCGGUUGCACAGUGCAGGGCUGGUCCAUCAUGUGGUAUCGCAGAACUGUGAUGGGCUUCACCUGCGCAGUGGGUUACCUCGAGCAGCCACUUCUGAGGUGCAUGGAAACAUGUUUAUUGAGGUCUGCACCUCAUGCUCUCCUCUCAGAGAAUAUGUGCGUGUUUUUGAUGUAACUGAACGCACUGCCCUUCACAAACAUGGCACAGGCCGGUCCUGUCACAAGUGUGGAGAAGAAUUGAGAGAUUCCAUUGUGCAUUUUGGAGAACGAGGCAAACUGGCACAGCCACUCAACUGGGCAGGGGCAGUGCAGGCAGCAGAGAAAGCUGAUUUGAUCUUAUGUUUGGGUUCAAGUCUAAAGGUCCUAAAGAAAUAUCCCUGUCUCUGGGGCAUGAACAGACCAAGCUCACUGCGUCCCAAGCUAUACAUUGUAAACUUACAGUGGACUCCUAAAGAUUCAGUUGCCACUCUGAAGAUUCAUGGGAACUGUGAUGAGGUUAUGAAACUUCUGAUGAAUGAGCUCAAUAUGGAUGUUCCAGAAUAUGACAGAUCCCAGGACCCCAUAUUUUCAAUGGCUGUCCCCUUGCGCCCCGCAGAAGAACACAGUCACAGCAGGAAACCUAUUACUGCUGUAGAGGACCAGACAGACACUCAGGGAUGUCCAGAAACCCACGCACUCACGUCCCCACCCUGCCCGCCUCCUGUGUCUGGGGGCUGGUUCGGUAAAGGAUGCAACAAGGGCAGGAGAAGAAGAUGAUCAAGACUUACAACGAGAUCUUGUACACAUAACUCAUGUUACAAUAAAGCCUUGAAGUCGCUA